GCUCACACAGGAGAGAGCUCCGUCACUCUCUCUCUUCGUAUUUGUAGCGCUUUCAUGCGUGUAGCAGGUUACCGGUGUCCGGGCUGUGAUGGACCGCUGGCGGGGCAGAGUGGCUCUGGUGACCGGAGCCUCGGUCGGGAUUGGGGCGGCUGUAGCCGUAGAGUUGGUCCGGCACGGUAUGAAAGUGGUGGGCUGCGCCAGGGACGUCGCAAAAAUCCAGAAACUGGCAGCAGAGUGUCAGAGCGCCGGACACCCUGGUGUUUUGGUGCCUUUCAAGUGUGACUUGACUAAAGAGGAGGAGAUUCUCUCCAUGUUUGCAGCGAUCAAAGAGCAGCACAAAGGUGUGGACGUGUGCAUCAACAACGCUGGCUUAAAUCAUCUAGAGUCGCUGCUAAGUGGCAAAACCAGCAGCUGGAAGAACAUCAUUGAUGUCAACGUUCUUGCUCUGAGCAUCUGCACACGUGAAGCUUAUCAGUCAAUGAAAGAGAGAAACGUGGAUGAUGGGCACAUCAUAAACAUAAACAGCAUCUGUGGACAUCAAGUCAUUCCAGUUGCUGAAGCACAUUUCUACACUGCCAGCAAGUAUGCUGUAACUGCUCUGACUGAGGGCCUGAGACAGGAGCUGCGUGCUGAAAACACCCAUAUCCGAGCCACAAGCAUUUCUCCUGGUUUAGUGGCCACAGAAUUUAUAUCACGGGCCAGCAGCAACAAUCCUGAUGAAGUCGCUGCCCUAUAUGCUACACGCAAGUCUCUGCAAACAAAAGACAUUGCCAGUGCUGUCACGUACGUCCUCAGUGCCCCUCCUCAUGUUCAGAUUGGAGAACUUGUGGUUGAACCUGUAUAGCAGGUGUCAUGUUGCCCCAGCAACCCCAGUACCAGGACCCAGGCUCGUCUUCACAUUAAAGUGGCGUGAUUGGCUCAUCUGACUACUCAACACAGCAAGAUCAACUCACAGAAUACAAACAAAACAAACAAGCUUUAUUCGUCACGUACACAGUCAUAUAGAGUACAACAUGCAGUGAAAUGUUUUUGUGUCCGAACUCCGGACAGGCUGCAGACGUAGCUGCGCCAUUCCAGGGCAUGAUUUUUAGCAUGGGGGAUCUAGCAAGGACCCUUACUGGAUACUGGGUAAGGGUCCUGGCUAGACCCCUAGAAUACGGAAACAAAGGAAAUUUGCCCAAGUGUUAACUGUCUUCUUCUUAAAAAUGCUGGCACAUGAUGCACUUCCUCUGUUGCAUGUUUAACUGUGACCUACCUCUUUUGGCACUCUGUGAGGAUGUUACCAUCACUGUGUUUGUGUUAGUGUCUUUGAGAAGUUGCACCAUGUGACCCUCUUAUCAGAAUCAUCCGAAUCAGAAACUUGAAGCGGAAACUCAUCAAAAUGAAGAAGUGCUCAAAUAAAUGCUGAAUGAGAGAAAAAGACAUGAAA